UCCUCAGCCUCACUAGCUCUUCACUAACUCAACUCUGUGGGAAUCAAAUAAUCCAAAGGAAUUUUAUACGUCUCUUCUCUUACAAAAAGCUCACCACUCAAACCUACUUGCCGCCGCGUCUCCGCCAAAGCUUUCAUUUUUACUGCCGGUUAAACAAAGGGUUUGUUUCUUCUUAAAAGCUGUUAACUUUUUUUUUCCUUAUUCUAAGCUUAAGUUAUCUUUGGGGUUGUAAUAAAGUUGCAGCCUUUUUAAGUUUCAACAAUUUGUCGACACAAAAAAAAAAAAAUGUCGGGUUUUGGAUUGUCACAUUUGGUGAAUGUUAAGAACGAUGUUGUUUUAAGGAAUUUAUGGAGUCAAGAUUUGAGCUUUAUUAAAAAUGGUGGUAAAAGUUUUGUUUUUCCAAUGAAGAAGAGACAAAGGGUAGUGAUUUUAAGUUUAGCUCACCGGCCUGAGGCGGAGGCUGAGGCGGAGGCGCAAGCUGGGGCGGCGACGAGUAUAGUAACAAAGGGAAGUAGUGAGAGUAGUGAGAGUAGUAUUAGGAAAGAAGAAGUUAGGAUUUUUGGGGAAGCUAAAAUUGAUGCAGGAAAUGGUGGGGGUUCUUUUUAUGGGAAUGGUGGCAAUGGUGGCGGUGGUGGAGGAGACGACGGUGGUGAUGGCGGUGAUGGUGAAAAGGGUGAUCCUGAAGAAGAAGAAUUUGGACCAUUAAUGAAGUUUGAGGAUGUAAUGAGGGAGACAAAUGCUAGAGGAGCUACUCUUCCUUCAGACAUGAUGGAGGCUGCAAAGACUGUUGGGAUUCGUAAAUUGCUUCUUCUUCGGUAUUUAGAUUUGCAGGGAUCAAGCUGGCCUUUAGGAUUUGCAAUGAGGUCAUGGGGAAUGCUUCGAAACCGAAUGUUAGCCGACCCGUCUUUUCUUUUCAAAAUCGGAACUGAGAUAGUGAUCGAUUCGUGUUGUGCUACCCUCGCGGAAGUUCAAAAGAGGGGAAAGGAUUUUUGGGCAGAAUUCGAGUUGUAUGUUGCUGAUCUUUUAGUCGGAGUGGUAGUGAACAUUGCUUUAGUUGGUAUGUUAGCACCUUAUGCACGUAUCGGACAACCAUCUAUAUCGAAAGGAUUCCUUGGAGGCAUCCAAAAGGCUUAUAACGCCCUCCCUAGCAGUGUGUUCGAAGCGGAAAGACCAGGUUGUCGAUUUACGGUAAACCAGAGAAUUGGUACUUACUUUUAUAAGGGAGUAUUGUAUGGAACGGUUGGAUUUGCAUGUGGUAUUAUUGGCCAAGGGAUCGCGAAUUUGAUAAUGACUGCCAAGAGGAGCAUGAAAAAAUCGGAAGAGGACAUACCUGUGCCACCUCUUAUAAAGAGUGCAGCUCUCUGGGGUGUUUUUCUCGCGGUUUCAUCUAAUACUCGAUACCAAAUCAUCAACGGAUUGGAACGGUUGGUGGAGGCAUCUCCUUUGGCCAAACAAGUUCCACCCGUUGCAAUGGCGUUCACCGUCGGCGUGCGGUUUGCCAAUAACAUAUACGGCGGGAUGCAAUUCGUUGAUUGGGCUAGAUUGAGUGGCGUGCAAUAAACUGCAAACAUGGUUUUCAUGUACUUUAGCUAUAAAUAUCCCCUAUUUAACCAUUUGGGGGGGGGGGGUUAUAGUUAUGGUGUUAAACAUCAAUGUUUUAGGCACAAAUCUUUUGAAUUAAAAGAUGAAUUGUUUGGUUGCAAGGCUGAAAAGCAAAAGAAUGUAAUGCACUUUUGAUUGAGUCCCCAAAGUAUCAUAUCGUAUCAAUUGGGUUCUUCUAUUAA